AUGCCUGAGCCUGAUAAUCAUCUACUCAAGCGCAAACGUGCUCGGGUCGCUUGUGAACCAUGUCGACAGCGGAAAAGAAAAUGCAAUGGAGCGACACCUUGCGCAACCUGCACCGACUGGGGCUACACCUGCCACUAUACAGAUCAGACCCCUCGGAGACGCCAUCCAUCCCACUCGUCUCCCGCCACGGCGAAACCGUCCUCUCCUGCUGCAGGGAUAGCCCGGAGUCUUGAAGCCAAUUCGGCUGCCGCGUUUGUACGCAAGAUGGGCCUCAAGGUUGAUCCCGCGAAAGCUCCGAAAUUGGCCCUGUUUGGUUGGAAUAUCGGUGCACGGCAGUUGCCCUCGGGGAUGGGAACUAUAUCCGCCCGACCAAUUGUCGACCUUAUCUCAUUGGCUGAUAUGAAGCGAUUGGCUGGAGUCUACUUUGAUAAGAUCGACCCUUGCUACGGCUUCAUCGACCGACGCAUCUUUGAUGACCAUCUCGAGACUCGAUGGCAGUCCCCCCUGUCCAGCAUUUCCAUGUAUGACAGCAUCCUUGCCGGAGUCGCGGCACUAGGCUCCCUCUUCUCUCAGCGAAGUAUGAGUAUCACCGAGCUCCACCUUGUCGAAUCGGCCCGCUCGAUACUCGACGGCCAUGAUGGAUCCGGACCUCCAUUCCUCGAGCUCGUCACUGGCUGGGCUCUCCGGGUGGUAUACAUGCGGAUGACGGCGGCGCCACACGCUACCUGGAUUGCCAGUUCCACCCUGAUGCACCUCAUCGAAGCCUCGGGUCUUCAUCUUGAAUCCUCCAUAUCCUAUGACACUGUUCCGUUACGUCCUGCCACACAGCACGACCCGGAGAUCAGCCGUCGCCUCGUGGGUGUCGCCCACCACCUCAACAUCUGGACCUCCUUCGACCUCGGACUAUCCCGUGUAUCCUUCCGUACCGGGCUUCCCUUACCCCCCGCUUCCAAACCAGGCGAUUACACCCCCGAGGUUCUGAGUCUUCUUCCUGCAUCCGCAUGCCUCGACCCCGAAAUCUCCCAAACAGACAGCGACCUGGAACCCACUCUCACCAAAGUCUUGCACGGCACCCACACGCAACCCCCAUCCGUAAUGGCCCAAACAAACCUUGUACUGUGUAUUCUCCGCCGCCUUCGCAUUCUGAACCUCUCUAUCACCCCGCAGAUCACCGACCAAGUCCUCGCCCUAUUCGGCAAAGCCCUCUCGUGCGCGCGCACCAUGGUCACGGACUGCUGUCCGUGGCAUCAGGUCGCCAACGUCCCGAUGCAGAUUCUCUAUGUCCUGCUGGAGAUGGAUACGCGAGCGUCGUUGGCGAUGCUGCCCGAGGCGAUGCAGACGGUGACGCUGGUGGCGAGCACAUACGACACCGCGACGAUGAGGGAGGCGUACAGUACCGCGCGGCUGCUGGUAUCGCUGUACCAGCAGCGUCGGUCGGAGGACACGAGGGUGUUGGCCGAGGUGUUGAAUCUGGCUCCUGGCGGACAAGUCGGGGAGGCAUCGGCCGUGACUGAGCCCUUCAGCCCGCGGGUAGAAGAGCUGUCCUGGCUGGAGGGACUGGUCGCGGAAAUGCCGAGCUUACAGGGGAUUGAGCUGGAGCCAUGGCUACAAGGGGAAGUACUUGCGGGAGAGGGGUGGGAGUGUUAA